ACCUACCGCCUCCUUGCAAUCAACUUUUUUGGGAAGCCUUCCCCCUCUGUUUUAUUGUUGACCAACCAGUGAAAGACGCAGAACGAGCGAGAAAGUGAGGAGCGAGAGAGGACGCCAAGGCUCGCCCGGGAAAUAGCUGUACAGUCCGGCGCGGCGCCGGGCGCAGACACUCGCGCGCACCUCGCGCGCCGCCGCCACCUCCUCCUCGGGACCCCGAGACCCGGCCCGAGCCCCGGGGGCGCAGACUCGCCCGCGCGCCCGCCCGAGAGCCCUUGCUCCGCGCGCUGCCACGCGCACCCGGCUGGGGCCCCUCCGCGCGCCCGCAGGGGGCUAUGCCAUUUGGACAUGUAACUGUCAGCACGGGAUCCGAGCCCUGCGAAAAAUGAAGCUGGCGACGGGACUGUGGGGCUGGCUGAGCCUCCUCGUGGCGGCGGGGACCGUCCGGCCCGGCGCGUCUCAGUCAGUGUGUGCAGGAACAGAGAAUAAACUGAGUUCUCUCUCGGACCUGGAACAGCAAUACCGAGCCUUACGGAAAUACUACGAGAACUGUGAGGUGGUCAUGGGCAACCUGGAGAUUACCAGCAUUGAGCACAACCGAGACCUCUCCUUCCUGCGGUCCAUCCGAGAAGUCACUGGCUACGUAUUAGUGGCCCUAAACCAGUUUCGCUACCUGCCUUUGGAGAAUUUACGGAUCAUUCGUGGGACAAAACUUUAUGAAGAUAGAUAUGCCUUGGCAAUCUUUCUAAAUUAUAGAAAAGAUGGCAACUUUGGACUGCAGGAACUUGGAUUAAAGAACUUGACAGAAAUUCUAAAUGGUGGCGUCUAUGUGGACCAGAACAAGUUCCUUUGCUAUGCAGACACUAUUCAUUGGCAAGAUAUUGUUCGGAAUCCGUGGCCAUCCAACCUGACUUUGGUAUCAACGAAUGGAAGCUCUGGAUGUGGACGCUGCCAUAAGUCCUGUACAGGCCGAUGCUGGGGACCUACAGAAAAUCACUGCCAGACUUUGACCAGGACCGUGUGUGCAGAGCAGUGUGAUGGGAGAUGCUAUGGACCCUAUGUCAGCGACUGUUGCCACCGGGAGUGUGCUGGGGGCUGCUCUGGACCCAAGGACACAGACUGCUUCGCCUGCAUGAAUUUCAACGACAGUGGAGCCUGUGUGACUCAGUGUCCCCAGACUUUUGUGUAUAACCCAACCACCUUUCAGCUAGAGCACAACUUCAAUGCCAAGUACACCUAUGGCGCAUUCUGUGUCAAGAAAUGCCCACAUAACUUUGUGGUAGAUUCCAGUUCUUGUGUGCGCGCCUGCCCAAGUUCCAAGAUGGAAGUGGAAGAAAAUGGGAUUAAAAAGUGUAAACCUUGCACUGAUAUUUGCCCAAAAGCUUGUGAUGGCAUUGGCACAGGGUCCCUGAUGUCAGCUCAGACCGUGGAUUCCAGUAACAUUGACAAGUUCAUCAACUGCACAAAGAUCAACGGGAACCUGAUCUUCCUUGUCACUGGUAUUCACGGGGACCCAUACAAUGCGAUCGAAGCUAUUGACCCAGAGAAACUGAAUGUGUUUCGCACAGUCAGGGAGAUUACAGGUUUCUUGAACAUACAAUCAUGGCCUCCAAACAUGACUGAUUUCAGUGUUUUCUCUAACCUGGUGACCAUUGGUGGCAGAGUUCUCUACAGUGGUCUCUCCUUGCUGAUCCUCAAGCAACAAGGUAUCACCUCACUGCAGUUUCAGUCCUUGAAGGAAAUCAGUGCGGGAAAUAUCUACAUCACUGACAACAGCAACCUGUGUUAUUAUCACACCAUUAACUGGACAACACUCUUCAGCACCAUCAACCAAAGAAUAGUGAUUCGGGAUAACAGAAAAGCAGAGAAUUGUACUGCGGAAGGAAUGGUGUGUAAUCAUCUGUGUUCUAGCGAUGGCUGCUGGGGUCCUGGGCCUGACCAGUGCCUGUCCUGCCGCCGCUUCAGCAGAGGAAGGAUCUGCAUAGAGUCCUGUAACCUCUAUGACGGUGAGUUUCGGGAGUUCGAGAACGGCUCGGUCUGCGUGGAGUGUGACCCCCAGUGUGAGAAGGUGGAAGAGGGGCUCCUCACGUGCCAUGGGCCGGGGCCUGACAACUGCACAAAGUGUUCGCAUUUUAAGGACGGCCCGAACUGUGUGGAAAAGUGUCCAGAUGGCUUACAGGGGGCAAACAGCUUCAUUUUCAAGUACGCGGACCAGGAUCGGGAGUGCCAUCCUUGCCACCCAAACUGCACCCAAGGGUGUAACGGUCCCACUAUUCAUGACUGCAUUUACUACCCAUGGACGGGCCAUUCCACUUUACCACAGCACGCUAGAACUCCCUUGAUUGCUGCUGGAGUCAUUGGCGGGCUCUUCAUCCUGGUCAUAGUAGGUCUCACGUUUGCAGUUUAUGUUAGGAGAAAGAGCAUCAAAAAGAAAAGGGCCUUAAGAAGAUUCCUAGAAACAGAGCUGGUAGAGCCAUUAACUCCUAGUGGCACGGCACCCAAUCAAGCUCAACUUCGUAUUUUGAAAGAAACUGAACUAAAGAGGAUAAAAGUCCUUGGCUCAGGUGCUUUUGGAACUGUUUAUAAAGGCAUUUGGGUCCCUGAAGGAGAAACAGUGAAGAUUCCUGUGGCUAUUAAGAUUCUCAAUGAGACGACUGGUCCCAAGGCCAAUGUUGAGUUCAUGGAUGAAGCGCUCAUCAUGGCAAGCAUGGAUCACCCGCACCUGGUUCGCUUACUGGGCGUGUGCCUGAGCCCUACCAUCCAGCUGGUCACGCAGCUGAUGCCCCAUGGCUGCCUGCUGGAUUACGUCCAUGAACACAAGGAUAACAUCGGAUCCCAGCUGCUGCUGAACUGGUGUGUACAGAUUGCCAAGGGAAUGAUGUACCUGGAAGAAAGACGACUUGUUCAUCGUGAUUUGGCAGCCCGUAAUGUCUUAGUGAAGUCUCCAAACCAUGUGAAAAUCACGGAUUUUGGGCUGGCCAGACUCUUGGAAGGAGAUGAAAAAGAGUAUAAUGCUGAUGGAGGAAAGAUGCCGAUUAAGUGGAUGGCAUUGGAGUGUAUACAUUACAGGAAAUUCACUCAUCAGAGUGACGUGUGGAGCUGUGGAGUCACUAUAUGGGAACUGAUGACCUUUGGAGGAAAACCAUAUGAUGGAAUUCCCACCCGAGAAAUCCCUGACUUACUAGAAAAAGGAGAGCGUUUGCCUCAGCCUCCCAUCUGCACUAUUGAUGUCUACAUGGUCAUGGUCAAAUGUUGGAUGAUUGAUGCAGACAGUAGACCUAAGUUCAAGGAACUGGCUGCCGAAUUCUCAAGGAUGGCUCGAGACCCUCAAAGAUACCUAGUUAUUCAGGGUGAUGAUCGGAUGAAGCUCCCCAGUCCAAAUGACAGCAAGUUCUUCCAAAAUCUCUUGGAUGAAGAGGAUUUGGAAGAUAUGAUGGAUGCUGAGGAAUACCUGGUGCCUCAGGCUUUCAACAUCCCUCCACCCAUCUACACUUCUAGGGCAAGAAUUGACUCAAACAGGAGUGAAAUUGGACACAGCCCUCCUCCUGCCUACACCCCCAUGUCGGGAAACCAGUUCGUAUACCGGGACGGAGGCUUUGCUGCAGAACAAGGCAUGCCCGUGCCCUACCGGGCCACAACCAGCACCAUCCCAGAAGCGCCAGCAGCACAAGGCGCCACUGCUGAGAUUUUCGAUGACUCCUGCUGUAACGGGACCCUACGCAAACCAGUGGCACCCCACUCCCAAGAGGACAGCAGCACCCAGAGGUACAGCGCAGACCCCACCGUGUUUGCUUCUGAACGGAGCCCAAGAGGAGAACUGGAUGAAGAGGGCUACAUGACUCCUAUGCGAGACAAACCCAAACAAGAAUACCUGAACCCCGUGGAGGAAAACCCUUUUGUUUCUCGGAGGAAAAAUGGAAACCCGCAAGCUCUGGAUAAUCCUGAGUAUCACAAAGCUGCCAACGGCCCGCCCAAGACAGAGGAUGAGUAUGUGAAUGAGCCGCUGUACCUCAACACCUUUGCCAACGCCUUGGGGAAGGCCGAGUAUCUGAAGAACAGUGUACUGUCUGUGCCAGAGAAGGCCAAAAAAGCGUUUGACAACCCUGACUACUGGAACCACAGCCUGCCACCUCGGAGCACCCUCCAGCACCCAGACUACCUGCAGGAGUACAGCACAAAAUAUUUUUAUAAACAGAAUGGACGGAUCCGGCCCAUCGUGGCAGAGAAUCCUGAAUACCUCUCUGAGUUCUCCCUGAAGCCAGGCACUGUGCUGCCUCCUCCUCCCUACAGACACCGGAACACUGUGGUGUAAGCGGGAAGUCCUGGAAGGUGGAAAGACAGGCCCGCUCCAUUUCCCCAUCCCGACCCCUUCUCUCUGGUGAUCUUCCUUCUCCCCCAGGCCAGUAGUUCUGACAUUUCCCAGUGGAAGGCAGGGAGAUGCAAUGAUAAUUAUGUGCUUAUCUAACUUGAGCAUUAGAAAGAGGGGCAGAAAGAGAAAACCAGAAGGAACCACACUUGCUUUUCUCUGCAUGGGUUGCUCAGGAGAGUGGGACAGCCAGAGGAAGAUAAAACAUCGGAUAAUACUGCCUACUGCCAAGCUAGCUUGCAGCCAGCCAAUCUGCUGUGCUCCCUUCCUACUUUCUUCCCCCUCGUCUUCCUCCUUUCCUUCCUUUCUUCCUCCUGUUCUCCCUCCUUCCCUCCCACCCUCUCUUCCUUCUUUCCUUCACUUACUUCUAAAUACAGGUGGAUGAAAUACCAUGCUAUCUGUUCCUAUCUGCAGGAAUCCAUGUAUGCAUAUUCAGUGGCACUGAAAUCUUGUUUCCAUUAGAACAACAAAAAAAAAAUAGCCAUCUCAGUAAGGGGAUAGUGAGUGAGAUAGAGAAUCCCAUUUCUUUUUGCAACACUGUCUAUACUGGCAAGUAAAAACGGCCAACCCAGCUGCCAUGGUUUUUAAAUCUCCAUCAGAUUGAUAUCCAGUCAUUAUAUUUGGAAGGCUUUGUGCUUUAAAAAAAAAUUUUUUUUACUUUGGCUUAUUCAUUUAUAUUAGUUUUUCCUAUUUUUUGAGCUUUUAGUUCUGUGAAGAUAUUUACAUCAAAUCUUCUUGACACAAUUUAAACAAAAAAGUUAAUAUAAUGAAGAAGUCACUAUUUUAAAAACAAUCUUUAAAAUUUGAAGGGAAGGCCAAGAUGCCAGUCAAGUCAGCAUCAAAUCUAGCUUUCAUGUUCACACUGUUGUGUAUGCAGUCCCCCUGUUCUUUAUAGUCUUUAAUAUCUUCUCCUCCAUCCGCAACAGUAUUUGACUGGCAGUUAGUAAUUUUAAGGUAACUUAGGGUAACUAAGAGGCAGUCCUGUGUGGUUCAAGAAAACUACUGAUACUUCCAGGGAUGGUAGAAUGGGGAAAUCCACAAACUGGAAGAAAAACACUGGAUUGGGUAUGUCUACCUAGCAGGCACUCAGAGAUGUAGUUUGCACUUAAGCUAUAAUUUUAUUUCUUCUUUUUCUGGACUCCAUUUUGGAUGUUGAAUGAAGCAAUAUGGAAGCAACCAGCAAAUUAAUAAAGUACAUUUUUUAAAAGAUGAGAUAAAGACAGACUGUGAAAAUGCCAACCAAAUUAGGACUUUGGAACCGUUAUCCAGGGAUUAUGGUGAGAGAGCCAGCACGUUAUCUACAUAUAAGAUCACAUUUGCUACAUCAAGAAAUUUGUUUAGUUUAUAUGCUUCAUAUGAAGGAAUGCAAGUUAAGGAUUGGCUUGAAUUCUGUAGAAUUUCUAGUAAGAGACUUUAUAUGGAGUAGAAGGUACCUCUUUGCACAUAAAUCAAUGUAAUAAGAAUAAAAACAAACAUUCACAUUAUGGGUAGGACCUUGGCUCAAAAUUUGUAAAUAAAUAUGAAAAAUCAUCUCAUGGAAUAAUUUUAUUACCCCCAAAAUAUUAAUCUUCUGAUAUUUUAUGUCAUAAUUAUUUUUCUUCACAUAAUGCACCCUAAUUCUAGAACCAUCCUUAUUCUGUUUUAUUGUAAAAGAGCAUCUACUAAGUUAAGAUGAGUGAUAAGUGUUGAAUCUCCAGGAAAACAGAGCCUUAUGUUAGUAAUUAGGAAAAUUGGAUACACAUCUCUCUUUUUCACAAAAUUCUGCUUCGAGUCAUUUAAAUUUUUAAAAGUUAUUUCUUUCUAAUGUUAAACAUUAGGAGCAAAUAAGUAUCAGUAAUCUUAAGGGAACCAAUUACAAUAAAAAUCUGUGUUACUAAUAUGAAGAGAGCUUAAAGGGAAAAAUAUAAAGAAAACUAUGUUUCUACCUAUUUUGAAAAAACAUAAAUCUAACAACCAAUCCAAACCUAAAUUAUCUAACUACUGCUUAUUUAGAAUCCCCUAAAAGCACUGUGUUAAAGGGGAAAUAGUCAAGUGAGUGGAAUAUCUUCCCUUACUUCAAAAUUUUAUAGUGGAGGAGACAUAUAGAAUGACAUUUUAAUUUUUCCAUGAGUUCAAGGAAUUAGAUGAUAUGGUCUAUUUUGUGAGCAACUUUACAAAUUUAGGUUUUUAGUAAAACAUAUCCUGUAAACUCAUUUGGGGAGUGAUGUGAACAUCCUUCAAAUUACUGACAUGAACAAACUGAAGAGUUGCAACGUUGCAUUCCAAACACAGUUUUGGUUGGAACCUUUCAUCCCUGGCUAAUUGGCUCAUCUAGAUGGCAACUUUACCUUUCACUCUCAAUAGCCAGUGAUGAUCUUUGGCCAAAUCCUGGGAGGUUCUGGUCUCUUCUUAUGCUAUGAGAAGUACAGCGAGCUAAAAGAGUGAGCCGGAGGAGAAGAGCAGUUUAUAGGAUUCCUUCUGUUGAAGUUCAGUCUCCAACUUCCCAGGGAUAAAGACUCAUGAUGACUCAGGAUCAUCAUCUGAGAGCUAACAGCUCUCCUGCUCAUUUGGAGGAGUCGCAAGGAAAAGGAGACCUGAUAUCAAUAGUUUUGAAGAAUUGAACGUAAGCCUUGCAUUCUAUACUACAUAAAUCUGACUCGAGUUUUCUUGAUUUCGUUUUUUCAUUGGUAGUAUUCAUAUGGCUUCCAUUGGCAUUAGAAAGCAAAGUUACUUAAUUUGGUAAAGGAAGAAAGAUACUAUUUUUGCUAUUAGUGGAACUGACAUAUAGUUAGUGAAUGUAGUCUGCUUCCUCUAAAACCAAAACACCGACGUUGGGUCAUCUUUCACUAAAACCUACGGGUUGGUGCAAGUAUAGUUUAAAAUCCCCCCAGGUGCUUCUCAGUAGUACCACUUUAGCAUUCAUUUUGAGUUAUUUCUAUAAUACAUGCUUGAUUUCAGUGGUUUGGAAUUUUCUCCUUUGUUUUACUUUAGUGCCCAGAAACACAUUUGAGAGUGUGUAAGAAGAAUAAAGAGUUUCCUUUGCUCUAGACAAUAAUUCAUCCAGAAAAGUAAACUUUAAAAAUGCCAGCUGAAGCUCGCAAAGUGCUUUGCAAUAUCAGAAUGCAGAAAUCCACGAUACCCAUGGAAAUACGCAGAACAAAGUAUGUAAACCUGAGAAGCAUAAGCUCUUGGCUUUUUGAAUAGUGUAAGCAGCAUGGAUUAGGAAAAGAUUCUCCAGAAACACUCUUGAAAUGGUAUGAAAAACAAUGCAAAAUUUAAAUCCCCCUAAAAUGCACUCACUAAAACUAAAGGACUUCCUUCAGUGAUCAGGAAGAAAGACGGAAUCACUAUAACUUGUGGAAAGAAACAGUGCUCCUUUUUAUCAGUGUUGUGAUUGAUAUGGGUGCCAGAACCUUCUGAAGGAAAGACAUGGUACGAGGAUGGCACGGAGUUCCAUGCUAAGGAAAGAGAAUAAAAGCUUUGUGAGAAUCUGCUGCUAACUGCUAAGCUGGAGGGGUGGUGAUCAGUGUCCUUCCUGAAGUCAAAUAGGAAAAGAAGAUUUAAAUAGUUUCAGCUGGACAGGGAAGGAUGUAAAUACAAGUGGGGUUUCUUUUAGAGCUAUCUAACAUUUCUUUAAAAACUUGAAUUUUUCAUCCAUCUGUAAGUGUUGAUUAUUUAACUAGUAUAUGUAGUCCAUAAGGUAAUAGAAGAGGUGAUUAUGAAAACAUGUAUAUAUAAGUGGACGGAACCAUGAUAAUGUUGAAAGAUGUAGAUUUAGUUAGGUUAUCAAGUGUUAAAUGAUUUUAAUAUUAGUGAAUAAAUCAAAUUAGGAAACUAACCAUAAAGUAUAUGUAGCAAAAUAAAAUUUGGGCUAUGAAAAUAUGGGUUGCAUUUUGCCUAAUUAUAUACAUAUAUAUAUAUUUACGUUUGUCAUUUAAAAUUGUUGUUUGGAUUAGCUAAAAGUAGAUAUAUGUGGCUCCAAUGGUGAAAACUUGAUUUAAAGCUCCACAGUUAAAAUUCUUCUCAUCUUCUUCUUUCUUUAUCGUUUUCUAAAUGUAUUAAGUACAAGGAGAAUUCUGGUUUUAGUUUUUGUAAAUACCACCACCUUGUAGCUUUUAAUAGGCAAAUAUGUUACAUGUGACUUGAACAGGUCUUAAAAACAAAGGAAAUGAAAUAGUUCUGUUACCUUAUAGAGAGACAAAAAGAGUAAUAGCAUUUAGAAAGCAAAAUACAUUUAAUUCGUGACCCCUACUUUCUUUUCCCAUCAUACUCUGUCACUUCAAAAACCAGAAAGGAAUUCAUUAAAAUCUUUCUGAUAAAUACCUACUAAAUCAAGCUUUCUUUCCAAUUUUAGUUUUUAGACUGAUGAUUUGCUUUGGGACAGGUGAGAAUUUCAGGUGUAUAAACUUCUAUUGUUAAAAGCCAGAGAAGCCAAGCUGUAGAGUAUAGCAUACUCUCAGAGGGUCUUACUGGGUCUCUCUGUGUCUUGUGAACACUGGUGUCCAUCAAGCUGGAGGGCAGCCUCAUUCUCAUGUAAGCCCAGAAGGACAGACUAUGUCUCCUACUUGCCGUUUGCUUAAAAAUAAAUAACAUUAUACAGAUAUAGGUAAGAUGAUUGUAAAGGGCCACUAUCAGUGGCGACCCAAUUCUUACUAAUAUCACAACAGAGUUAGGAUUUAUACUUCCAAGUAGAAUCAACAGAAAAUUUCUUUGUGCAGAGAUGCCUUUGCAAAAGGAGUUCUUGCUAUCAUCAUGAACACAAAGCUCCUACACGCAUCGUGUUAGGCCAGGUGUCUUUGUGUUUUCUGUCUUUCUUUCAUUUAAAUAAAGAUCUCUGAAACAGUAGAAAUUCCAAAAGCUCUGUUCAAUUAUCACUGAUUGUGUAGAGGGGCAAAAAUGUAGGAGGUGUCACUUCUGCAGACCCCUGCCUCGUUCCAUUGCCAGCAAGGUGACACUUGUGCAGAAGGAAUAACUUCUAGCAUCUCAUGAUGAAAAGGUCGUAAGCCCCAAUUUCCUGGAUACUGACCUGCCUCUUUGUGGAAAGUACUCAACUUUGCAAAUAAGGGAUACCUUGCUAAGAAUCACAGAAAACUUUAUUUCUCUCUGAAACUUAGAGGAAAAUAGCACCCUCACUUUUUUUUUCUCAUUGGCACAGUGUCCUCAUCCUUGUCAUUUCCUACCAGCACAGUUCCCAGUGGCUCUCCUGGCACCAUCCCUCUCGUAAGCCAUAAUGGAUCCCUGGGGUCCCACACCCUGCUCUGUGAAAGACUGUCUUGGACUUUGCCCUCGAAUGUCUGAUUUUUCCAUAAAAGAGCCCAUCAAUUUGGAUAUUAGGUAAUUUUUCAGAUAAUUUACUGCACAAAGAACACACUUGCGUGUUACAGCUGCUUCGCCAUGAAGGUUGAUUCUCUCACACGUUGUCCUCUACAGCAAUUUGAGAUGCGGUAACCCGUGACGAUUCUCAGAACUCAUACAUACGCCAUGUUCUUCCAAGUUUGGGAGUUGGGCUUUCCAUACAAAUGAUGUCCAGAACCAAGGAGUUAGUUUUUGCAUGAAAAUUAGUUUAUUUACUUUACUCAACUUAUGUAAUUCCUGCUUGCCAAAGCUUUAUAGCUGCUGUUAUUUCUUUUCUUUCUCAAAUGAGGAGUCUUAGCAGUAAAGGCUGUUCAACUUGGAGAGCUUUCUGCAGUUUUUUUUUUGUUUUUUUUUUCUGAAUGACAUAUCCAUCUAACAAAUAUAUAACAAGCACAGUUUCACUUUAGUGAAACUAUAUGUGAUCUAACAGAGUGCCAUUCUUUCUCUACUUGGGCUCUGCGGGGGGUAUUUUUUGCUUAAUACUCCAGAGAGUUUCCCCCAUAUCAUGAGUGUGGUUAUAUUUGCACAAAUAUACAAAUAUCUAAAAACAAAGCUUCAUAAAAUUCAGGCAAUAGUCUAGCUUGUCCAAAUCACUUGGCCUUUACUGCUUUUUUUUGCCCCUGAUAUAUAGAGGUUUCACCCAGGCCUGUAGCCCUUUUGAAGGAAAGCAAACCAUACCGCCUAGAUAUUGACAUAAACCUGAUUUUCAAACAUCAUGCCCAGAUAUUUUGGUUCAUGGAGGGGUUGUACCUUUCCUCAUAACGUGGCAGUUAUAUUUCCUGUAUAUUUCUGGAUCUCUCAGGGGCUGGGAGGGGGGAGUGAGGGGAUUACAACCAUAGCACUCCAAGAACCCUUUUUCGAAUUACUCCCAUAAUCAAACUACAAAAGUUAUUUUCUAAAUGUAGAUACAUAAGCUGUUGUUUUAAAGUAAGGUACUUUGAAAUAUGUAGCAUAAACUGGUACUGCUGUUACAUGGGUCGAUUAUUAAACUGAGCAGCUAUGCGAGGGCAGCUAACUUUGAAUGCAUAUCUCAGCUGUGUCUCCAUCUUUAUCAUGAGCAACAGGGGUUGUGUCACUGCAUGGUGAUUGUGCAUUUUCACGUGCUUAUACUAGCGGUCUAUGCCUUCCUCGAGCAUCAUUAGAAGAUCAACGUGCAAGACAAAUCACAGCACAAAGAAAAACCACAUCACAUUCAAUCUUCUCUCAAACACUCAUCUUGUGCAUGCGUCAAAGCAGUUGACUAAGGUCCGUUUGGGUGAAAAAAGGGAGAAACUUUACCCAAAAGGCAGAGUUGUGUUCAUUUCCUUAUUUUCUUAACUUGUAAACAGAAAACAAGGCCUCUCUCUUGUGAAGUAUCUUCAAAGGAUAGAGGUACAAGAAUAACUUGCUGGUAAGCCAUCAAUGUUUCAUUUAAAUCCCAGCAUUCAAAGUUAGCUGCCUUUUUGAAAUAUACAGACAAAAAUACUACUGUAUGUUUGAAAAUGUGAAUAGUAUUUUUAUAGCUUGUUAAAGACAUGGCUAGUUGCAUUUGUAAAUAAGGAUAAUGUUGCUUUGAUUUUCUUUUGUGAACAUCUUUAUUUGGAAUAUAAUGGUCUCUAGGGUUGAUUUGUAUAUAAGUAAUUGGCUUGUGAUUGUUUCUUUUUGGUUGGAAGUUACCAUUUUGACAUUACUUGUGAUUCUGUGUUUAGCACUAUCGUGAUGUGUCCAACCUCUGCUUUCGCUUACACAAUAGGAUAUGCCAAUUGUGUGUGGUGUAAUGUUAUUUUUUUCUAUUUUAUUGAUGAAGGAUUAUGCACUUAACACAUACUAACUUUUUUAAUGUUAGGUAUAUUUUUAGUAUAAUUUCCCUUAUUCAUUCAUCUCCAACCCUUCACCCCAUUUUCUGUCCUGCCCCCAUUUCUGCUGUUAUUUGAGAAUGAGGGAGAAAGAGUAUUUUAAAUUUCUAUAAUUAGGCUCUUCAGUUAAUUCUCCAGGAUCCUCUUUUGGCUCUUGGGAAAGAAUUGUACCUGUGCAAGGUGAUUAAGGAAUGCGAACUGCUUCACCUCAUUCCACACUGAUCAUCCCAGCUGAACAAUUUGAAAACUGUUCUGCCUUUUUGUUACAUGAAUCUGUCAGAAAUAUAUUUUUAAUUUAAUAUAAAUGAAAUUCAAUAAAAUAUGAAACAAAUGUU